CGGGGCUUGAGCGCAUCACAUGGAGAGGAAACCGUCUCUCGUUACGCUCGUAUAAGUGGCCUCUCAUCACGCGCACGGCAUCAUCAGCAGCGGUGUUAAUGUAGGUGACGGAGUGGGGGAUACCAUCCCUAUGUGGUGAGAUCGACACCUGGGCCUUGUUCGUACGAUCGCAAGCACGCAUCAUCGGUGGGCGCGACAUGCUGGAAACACUAGGGGGAGUUCGGUACCGAUCGCCCCACGCCGUGCUUUGUCUGUGCCCCGUUGAGCGGUAAACACGCCGUGGGAAAGACGAGUCUUCCUCGGGUCUCCCCAACCCCGCCAACCAACCCACCAGGCCGCUUCGGGAGCCGGUGGACGCGAAGCGUCGGAGUUUUUUUUUAAUUAACUCACUACUUUUCCGCAAAAAGAAAAUUGUCAAUAUAUCCCCUCCUUUUGUUACGGUAUCUCUGGGACCUGCUUAUCCGGUUUUUAUUGACUCGAAGCGUACAAAGACCUCUUCCUCAGGAGAUUUUGUGUCUCGUGCAACACGUCCAGUGACCACUUUGAGCAACGGCAGCGCCGAGUUCACAGUCACUACAGUCAAAUAAAUCAGGUGUUUAUUGGCCAACCAUUUGAGGAAAUAAGCUCUACUCACACCCUUAAGAUCACCGGCUGCAGGGGACAGGUCGGUGUAGCAGUGCCCAACACUCGUGAAGCACCUCUAGAGUCGUCCCGGAACCAAGCAGACGCCAACUGAGCCGCCUUGUCGUCACCUCUUAGCUGGGGGGCUUCAGACGAGAUAAGCCGAGAUACAACGAGAAGUUUGGUGGAUUCGCCCGGGACUGUUGGCGAGGGAACAUCAUGGCGGCUAACAUCACUACCGAGGAGCCUUCCCAGGAUACGUUAGGAUGGAUUUAUAUUCUUACCGGCUCUUUGUCGUAUGUUGUAUGUAUCAUCGGGCUUCUAGCCAACACGUGGGUUAUCUGGGUACUGCUCAGGCGGCUUGGCCUCAAAACUGCCGGUAACAUGUACAUACUGAAUUUAGCAAUUGCUGAUGAUCUGUUCCUGGCUGGGCUGGCCCUACAGGCUGCCUACCAGAUCAAGAACAUUUGGCCGUUUGGGGAGUUCUUGUGCCGGGCCGCCCUGGCUUUUGACGGCCUCAACAUGUACGCUAGUGCCUUCUUCGUGACGGCCCUGAGCAUCGAGAGAUACAUGGCCGUUAGCCGGUCAAGCCGGGCGCGGCUUCACCGCAAGAGACGCCAGGCAGCGGCCGUGAGCGUCGUCAUCUGGAUAGCCGCCAUACUGGCCGCCUUACCGACUCUCCUUGCGAGCACCUACAUGUACCAAGAACACCAAAACGGCUCAUACCAUCUGUGCAUCACCGACUUCACGUCCUUCGGCCAGCCCGGCCGGCAGUUUUGGACCCAGGCCUUCAUCACCUACAACUUCGUCCUGGGACUCUGCGUGCCGCUGACCGUCAGUUGCUUCUGCUACGGGAGACUGAUCGUCCAGAUGAGAGAGGUCUCCAUGAGGAACGACGCGGGCGCCGAUAUCAAGCGCGUGACUCGCAUCGUCACCGGAGUAGUGGUAGUCUUCUUUCUGUGCUGGGCACCGUUCUACAUCUGCCGCAUGAUACUCGUCUACAACCGGGACCUUAACUACUGGGACGGUAGGCCAUUUGUGUUCGAGAUCAGCCUGCUCUUGACCUACAUCAACAGCUGUGUGAACCCGUUCAUUUACGCCCUGAUCAGCGAGAAGUUCCGGGAGAACCUGCCGUGUGUGUCGCUACGAGGACGCGGCUACAAGAGCGGGAAGCGGACCAUGGUCUGCGACCGGAACUCCACGGCCCUGACUGACAUCCAGCAUAACUCUGUCAUCACUCACAAUGAGUCUAGCUAGAGCUCAAACUCGGUGCAUACCAAAGUUUAGCGAGGCCGGUGACUGUUCCUCGUCUUCAUCGCAGCUUGCACGCGAUAACAUCAAACAAGUAAAGAGGUAGCCUGCCUUUCUCCACGACAGAUUUUUCCCGGAACCUUGGCUUCAUUUCUGGACUUAGCCUUGAGACUGCACUUGGCACGGACUAAGUCCCCUGAAUUGCAGUCUUUUCAGCUAAAUGCAGGUCCACUUUUCUGCGUCAGAAACACUGAACCGGCUCAUUCGAGGUUUAAGUUCGGACUAUUUCCAUUUGGCUCCGAUAGUAUGAGUCUCGAGGUGACACCGAACUUGAAAAUGAAGCCAGGAUUUACCCUGGUCAAAAUGAGAUUCCAAGGCCAAUGAGUGUAAGGCCACGGCUAAGAGAAGAGAAAAAAAUGGGAAUAACCGACAACCUCGAAGUACUCUUCAGAAGCUACGCCAUUAUAACCACGCCGGCAGACCAGGAGUUCAUCAAUAUUAGAUGCAUGAGGUGGUGGUGAGGCGCUGGAACCUUUUUCCUGAUGUCACCCACGCAGUCCCAUAAAUACCCUCUCAAUCUGCCCCCAAAAUGGCUCUGGGUAACACCCUCAAACUUUAUGGUCACUCCUCCUGGCUUUUCUGGGACCCGCCGUUCGUGAAAUUCUGAAGUGUGUGGGUUCGAUCAAGAACCACUAGUUGAUACGUGACGUACCUUGCGCCUGCGCAUUAACAUCAACGCACAAGCGUCUCUAGUUUGAGGCUGCCCCAACGAUUCGCUCGCCCAGCGCCCGAACAAGGCGCUGGGAAGGGCUGAUGGCCUUGCAGGAUGCAUUCCACCAAAUGGUUU